AGAAGAUGAAGAAGAAUGAAUGAAUAAAGAGGAAAUAAACGAAUUUUCCGCAGAAAAUGCUCAAGCAAUCUGCUUGGAAUUUUCUCUCUAGGGUUCUUUGAUUUUCCAUCCAUCCAAACAAAAACUCACAGCGCUGUGCUUUCCAGGAAAUUCAGGUUGACUCUGUGAGUUUUUCUCGCUAAACGAACUGAAGCUUUCGGUGUACCUAGUUGACGAAGAGGAGAUAUAGUUUGAGGGAGAGCGAAAAUGAUGUCCGCUUCUUCAUCGUCAGCUACAGUAGCCGUGGAGAAGGCGACGAGCGACCUUCUGAUCGCUCCUGAUUGGACUAUGAACAUCGAUAUCUGUGAUUCCAUCAAUUCUCAUCAUUGGCAGGCAAAGGAUGUUGUAAAAGCUGUAAAGAAAAGGUUGCAGCACAAGAAUUCUCAAGUGCAACUGCUUGCUCUUACGCUGUUGGAGACAAUGGUGAAGAACUGUGGUGAUUUUGUCCAUUUUCAAAUUGCUGAGAGGAAUAUAUUGGGGGAGAUGGUCAAAAUUGUGAGGAAGAAGGCGGACAUGCAAGUGAGAGAUAAAAUCUUGGCUUUGUUGGAUUCUUGGCAGGAGGCAUUCGGUGGUCCGGGGGGAAAAUAUCCUCAGUACUACUAUGCAUAUGAAGAACUAAGGCGGUCUGGAGUUAUAUUUCCACAACGUUCACCAGAUGCUGCUCCAAUAUUUACACCACCUGCCACUCAUGAAAUAAUGAGACAUGCUGGCUAUGGAAUGCCAAGCAAUUCUUCUAGAAGGCUUGAUGAAACAAUGGCUACAGAAUAUGAGAGUUUAAGUUUGUCUAGCUUGGACUCUAUGCGGGAUGUUUUGGAGCUCUUAAGUGACAUGCUGCAAGCAGUGAACCCUGGUGAUAUGGCGGCAGUGAAAGAUGAAGUAAUAGUAGAUCUUGUUAAUCGUUGUCGAUCCAACCAAAAGAAACUCAUGCAAAUGCUGACAACAACAGGGGAUGAGGACCUGCUGGGUCGAGGUCUUGAACUAAAUGAUAGUCUGCAGAGUGUGCUUGCAAAACAUGAUGCUAUAGCUUCAGGUUCCUCCCUUCCAAGUCAAGUUGUUAAUUUAAGUUCCAAACCAACUCUGAAUGAAGUCAGUACUUCUGACAAACCAACUGAAGCAAAAGAUUCUAGUUCGAAAUCUAAUAUCAAUGCCCCUGCACCUGUUGCUGCUAUUGCAAGAGGCCAGUUAGAGGAAGAUGAAGAGGAGGAUGACUUUGCUCAGCUAGCUAGAAGGCACUCCAAAGCUCAGCCAACACCUGGUCACAGUACAAAUGCUGGAAUGAGUGAGGGUGCUGCUUCAAUGAAUAAUACCUCAGCAACAUCAUAUGUCCCAGCUGCCUCAGCUCCAGUUACAUGCACUGCAUUAGCACUGCCCAGUCCACCUGCACCAGUGAGGACUACUAAAGAGCAGGACAUGAUAGACCUUCUUAGUCUCACCUUGUCAACAACAUCAACUUCACCCCAUACUCCUCAAACUCCAUCAGCAUCUUACCAUAACAUUCAUCAGGUACCAGUUUCCCCCGGCACCCAAGGGCAGCCUUCUGUUUCUCAGACCUAUCCUGGAAAUCAAGGGCAGGUACCCUAUAAUACUUAUGUUGCCCCUUGGGCCCAAGCUCAACCUCCACCUCAGUCUCAGCCUCAGCAACAACCCCAAUCUCAAGCCCAGCCACUGCAUCAGAUACAGUCUCAACAUCAAAUCCAUCCAGAGUCUCAAUCUCAACCUCAGUUCCAGUCACAAUCCCAAAUUCAACUCCAAUCACAGUUUCCCUCAAGUCAGAUCCAAUCACAAUCUCAAAAUCCAUCUCAGAUGCAUGCACAACCCCAAACGCAAGUCCAUCCCUCCCAAUCACAACCCCAAACGCAAGUCCAUCCUUCCCAAUCACAACCCCAGAUCCAGUCACAAUACCAAAAUCCUUCUCAGUUACUAGCACACUCCCAGAAUCAUCUCCAGCCACAGUUACAAUCACAAGCUCAAAAUCAGGGACAAUCUUUACUUCGAACAUUAUCACAGCCUCAAUAUCAGAAUCACAUACAACCUUCACAUCAACCAUUGUCACAAUCUCAAUAUCCUCAGUACUCAUCUGGGUACCCUCCUCCGCCAUGGGCUGCAACACCAGGUUAUUUCAAUGGCCAAAAUAGCUUCUCAACUACAAAUACCAUGUUCUCUACUCCCCAAUCCAGCAUGACCAUGUCGAAUGCAGCCAUGCAAGCAGCAAGACCAUCACAGCUCAAUAGAUCAUAUACUGCAAUGGCAGGCAACGGUUCAACCACAAUUGGAGAUCCUCAGGCAAGUCUAGGUCCAAGAAAUCCUACACUUGCAGGAGGCCAGAAGCCAUUUAUUCCAUCUUACAGAUUGUUUGAAGAUUUGAAUGUGCUCGGUAAUGCAGAUGGAAGGCUGAAGAUGACAAGUGGUAAUGCACCUAGUUUGUCAAGUUCUGCUAGUCAAGGUAUGAUUGGUAGUAGGAAGUAGAAAGAGAUGCAACUUUGCACAAGACAUUCGUGUGAAUAUGUUUGUACAUCCAUGUCUCCUUUUAACGUUUCAACAUAUUCUCUCAGAAUGAUUUGACAAUUUGGCAUUCAUCAUGAUGAUAAGAGGUCUCUCAGAUUCUGGUUGUCGUUUUGAUUUGGCUGUCUACGGGCUACGUACCAAAUUGAUCUCCUCUUUGGCUUAUAUAUCUAAAUGUUGCCUGAGGAAAUGACUAACUUGGAUCUUGCCUCUCAGCUUAUGAAUUGUAUGUAUGGAUUACUACUGUUUCAAGAAGUGACUUGCGAGUACCAAUUAAAUUCUGAGAGAAAAACAACAAAGAUAAAGUGCAAUACCUCCUCCAAUAGACGGACACUUCUGUUGGCAAAGUCAUUCCACCGUAAAGUCCAAAAUACAAAGGGCCAAAAGUA